CCCUUCGUGCUGCUGCCCGGCCGGCGCACACGGACCACUCUGCACCGGCCGCCUUUUUUCUCAAUUCCUGCUGAGCUUUCCACUCCUCUCCUUCUACCCAGACCCUACGUCCAUUUCGUCCAACACCAGGCUUCUUUCAUCCCCCCAAGCCUCAAUUCCAUCAACUUCCAUCACAAUGGCUGCUGCUCGCAUCACCCCCAAGAUGGCCAACCUCACCAAGGCCGCCCGCCCCGUCUUCGGCCGCAACCUGGUCCAGCAGCGCGCCUUCACCGUUGCCAGCCCCGCUGUCAAGCGUGCCACUCCCUUCCAGGCCGUCAAGCGCCAGCAGCCUUCCCAGAUCCUCAAGGCCGCUCAGUUCAACCGCCAGUCUGCCCGUCCCUACAGCUCCGAGAUGGCCAACGCCCUCGUCCAGGUCUCCCAGAACCUCGGCAUGGGUAACGCCGCCAUCGGUCUCGGUGGUGCCGGUAUCGGUAUCGGUAUGGUCUUCGGUGCUCUCAUCCUUGCCGUCGGCCGCAACCCCAGCAUGCGUGGCCAGCUCUUCUCCUACGCCAUUCUGGGUUUCGCCUUCGUCGAGGCCAUUGGUCUUUUCGACCUGAUGGUUGCCAUGAUGGCCAAGUUCGUCUAAACAAUGGGAUUCUCGCUAGGUGCUGGCUAGUGUUGGUCGCUGGCCUUCCUGCCGUCGCCCGAUGUUGGAACAGGGGAUGGGUCGAUUCGUGGAGGUCUCCAUACAGUGGUUCGAGGGCAGGAGAGCCAGCGAAAUCUUCGUGGUAUUAUAGAAGGAAGCUCUUUUCUCCUUUGUAACCGCACUGUAUUUUCAU